UCAGCUUCAUCUCGUUUGCUUGUUUAGGACAACAACAUCACAUCAACACCGACACACACAGGAAGAGGACAAUCAGCUAUGAGCAACAACCACAACAACCACAACAGCCUGGUCGAGCCAGAUGACUUUUUGUCGCCGGCGGCACCCAGCUACGUCGAGGCCACUUCAUACUCUGACACGUACGACAAUCCUUUCGAGACCAACAUUCCCCAGCGCAUUAACUCGCCAUCCAUCGAACCAGACGAUGUACCUCUUCCUGGACAAAAGCCUCUUAGCCCUGUCAAGAGUUCCCUGCCAAAAGUCUCUGGAAACAUUGGGUCGAGCAGCACCAGUAGCAUCAGCGGCAACAUCGGCAGUAGCUCUGGCCUUGGCGUCGGUCAAGCAAUGAUGGGCAAUGGCAUCGAUACCCUCGACGAGCCCGUCUCAGAGACCCUUCUCCGCGAUCUUCGUAACGUUGGAGCGAAGCUACAACAAGUGUUAUACCCCAAGGGACGCAAGGAUAUUCUCAAGGAUUGGGAUCUUUGGGGCCCUCUUCUGAUGUGUCUGACAUUGUCGAUUGUUUUGAGUAUGAGAGCGCAACCGGCUCAAAAGAUUACCGUCUUCACCUGGAUCUUCAUCAUCGUCUGGCUGGGAUCUGCAGUCGUCACAGUGAACGCUAAGCUUCUCGGAGGAAGAGUGUCGUUCUUCCAAAGCGUCUGUGUGAUUGGAUACUGUUUGUUCCCACUGGUGCUUGUCAGCGUGGUCUCGAUAGUCGUGUCUAGCAUUUACAUCAGGUUGCCGUUAUGCGGAGUUGCCUUUGCCUGGGCCUCAUGGGCCUCUCUCGGAUUUCUGUCGGACUCUAAUCUGGCCAACCGACGAGCCCUCGGUGUCUAUCCAUUAUUCUUGUUCUACUUUAUCAUUGCCUGGAUGAUUCUUAUUUCAUAAUGACCCCAGGGAGCAGGACCUCAGAAUCGGGAUGAGCGCGAUUCGCGAUACGUAUGGCAAGCAAGAUAAUCAUAGCAUAUUUCAGAACAUAGUGAGAAUGAAUUUUUCUCUUCCGACUUGUUUUUUUGCUUCGACAUCGAAAUGACAAAGAAUAAAACAAAAAAUACAGAGGAU